UUCUGCAAUUGCCAGACAGAGGCGCGGAAGCUAGGGCUGGGACCCAGGCGUGGAGAGACACCCAGACCCCACUGCUGAGCCAGGCACAGCCAGGGUGCUAUGACCCACUGACCCUUCCAGCCCAGAGCAAUGGAGCUAAAUGACUCCUCCCGGGUGGAUUCCGAGUUCCGAUACACUCUCUUCCCCAUCGUUUAUGGCGUCAUCUUUGUGCUGGGGGUGAUCGCCAAUGGCUACGUGCUCUGGGUCUUUGCUCGCCUCUACCCUUCUAAGAAACUAAAUGAGAUCAAGAUCUUCAUGGUGAACCUCACGGUCGCCGACCUGCUCUUCUUGAUCACCCUGCCACUGUGGAUCAUCUACUAUCACCACAAAGGAAACUGGAUUCUACCCAAAUUCCUGUGCAAUGUGGCCGGCUGCUUCUUCUUUAUCAAUACCUACUGCUCCGUGGCCUUCUUGGGCGUGAUCACCUAUAAUCGUUUCCAGGCGGUGACCCAUCCCAUCAAGACAGCUCAGGCCACCACUCGUAAACGGGGCAUCUCUUUGUCCCUGGUCAUCUGGGUGGCCAUCCUGGCUGCUGCCUCCUACUACCUUGUCCAGGAUGAGACCAACUCAGUACCCAAUAAGGCCGGCACAGAAAACCUCACCCGCUGCUUUGAGCACUAUGAGAAGGGCAACGUGUCAGUCCUGGUGAUCCACAUCUUCAUCGUUUUCGCUUUCUUCCUGGUCUUCCUCAUCAUCCUGUCCUGCAAUGUGGUGAUCAUCCGCACGCUGCUGGCGCAGCCCGUACAGCAGCACCGGACUGCGGAAGUCAAGCGCCGCGCGCUCUGGAUGGUCUGCACUGUCUUGGGGGUCUUUAUUAUCUGCUUUGUGCCACACCACAUGGUACAGCUGCCCUGGACCCUGGCUGAAUUGGGCUACUACACCAGUUUCCAUCAGGCCAUUAAUGACGCCCAUCAGGUUACCCUCUGCCUUCUUAGCACAAAUUGUGUCUUAGACCCCAUCAUCUACUGCUUCCUCACCAAGAAGUUUCGCAAACACCUCAGCGAAAAGUUGUACAGCAUACGCAGCAGCCGCAAAUGCUCCCGGGUCACCACGGACACCGACGUGGUCAUGAGUCUCCACCAGAUGCCUGUUCCUCCCCUCAAAAAUUAGUUCCUGAUGGUUGGGGUCAGGCCCGGAGUCUUCUCUCCCAUGGAUGUCACUGACUGGGCCAGGGGGAAGAGAGGGGGUCUGCGGUGAUCGCUUCUUCCCUGACUCUAGUGGCCCAGGCUGGUGGUUCGGGCAGGGCUGAUGGCUGUACCAGACUGCUGGAAAGGUCUAGAAGUAGGAGGUACUCCUUCACUGGGCACCUACUUUGCUAAAGCUGAGCCUGGUGGAGCUGCUGGCAGGAGAAGGAGCAGCAGAGCUGGGGCCUGACUCAGUUCUCCCCACUGGAUCAUAGCCUAAGCCUUUGGUAAUGACUUCCGAGUGCUCUAGGUGGAGAUGCUGGGUAGGGAGCGGAACUCUGCUGCCUUGGCUCAUGGAAGGAUCUGGAGGCAGCAGUUGGGUCUAGAACAGACCACGUGUUUCCACCCGUAGACACAAGGUGAUGGUGACAAUUGUCAGGGAGGUGGCUUGGUGGGAUCUUUAGGUCACCCUGCAAGCUGUCUGGGAGGUAGACAGACAGACUGACCAUAGGGAUGGGAACUUGGCCUUCGAGGAAACUGUUGGUCUGCACAGGCCUCACCCCUGGCCUGGGACAGCUCUGAGGGAGCUGAGGGCAGCUCCCCGCUGCUAGGGGGCCAAAGGGGUACAAAGUAGAUUUUAGGUUUGUCUAGGCCAAGACGUCUCCCUGGUAAUAGGCCCUGGGCUGGAUGUGCCUCCUGGAGACUGCUCCGUCUUUGGGAGACCCUCCUAACCCAGCGUCUAGGAUGCAGGGGGAUAGGUAGAUACACAGCCCCAAAGUGGAAAGUGUUAGUUCCCCUUUAGGGUCCCUAGACACCUGUUUGUGACGUUUUAUUUUUAUUAUUUUUUUAGUUCUGGGAUUUGAACUCAGGGCCUUGCUCUAGGCAAGCACUCUAUCACUUGAGCCAUUGUCCAGCCCGUUUUGAUUUAGUUGUUUAGCAGAUAAGAUCUCACACUUUCUAAGUUUGGCCUUAGAUGGUCGGCCUCCUACCUAUGCCUCCCACAGGACUAAGGUUAGUCUCUCUGUCUCUCCUGUAGCUGUUAUUACAGAUGCUUACCACCGAGGCUAGCUUGUUUAUUGAGAUGAGGUCUCAUUAACUUUUUUAGGGGUCUUGAACUACAAUCCUUCUGCUCUUUGCUUCCUGAAUGGCUGGGAUUACAGAUGUGAGCCACCAUGCCAGGCCCCACAUACUUGAGAUUGUUGGCAAUUAUUUUCAAAUGAGAUUCCUCUCUUGUUCUAAGACUAAAAGGCCCUACAGGCUUUUCCUCAGGGGCUGAGAGGUCUCUUCUCUAGCAUUCAGAUCCCCAUACUCCUGAGAAAUCUUCUCCUUUGCAACCAGUGUCCCCCGUGAAUUUGGGAAAUGCUUUUCCUGUAUGCCAGACUAGCCAAUGGCUUUAGUGUCACACAGACCUAAAUUGAAGUCUUUGUCAUUUUGUGUUCAGGGCCUGGACAUUCAAUUCUCUACCUCUUAGCGUUGUUAAUUGUGAGGUAAAACCUAUCGCCUGGGGUUAUGAGCAGCAGAUGUCCAGGGGUUGGGGUGACUGCUCAUUCCAGGUCCUCCCUCCCCUCCCCCCCUCCCUCCCUUCCUCCUUCUC